CAAUUAAUCCUUUAAAUUUCGAUGUUUGACCUAAAUAAAGAAUAAAAAGGGUAAAUCGGUCUUUCACCUAAAGAAUUGAUCUGGUAAUAGUCAUACACCCACUCACUCUGUCUCUCUCUCUCCUCACGAGAACUCUUUUUCUGAGACAAAUAGAGACAAAAUCAAACACUGCAAAAACUGGCUGACGUCACCACCAACAACAGAUAUAUAAUGCCAAUAGACACCAUAAGAAGACCCAAUUCUUCAGCUGGAUAAAAACAUAUUGAUGACGAGCAAAUUGCCGUAAAAAAGAUGCAUGAUUUCUCCACGGUUGAUGGUUUUGUAAAAAUAACCGAAGAUUUAACGGACAUGUUAAAAUUCGUGGCGAACGAGCCCUCGGUGGGGCUUUACUACAUUCAACAGCACACACAAAACGCAGUGCCCAACAUUCUCACUCUCAAGAACAACAUCGUCGAAAAAUCUCACGAGGCAUCUUUGCGCACAGAAGAUCUAGAAGAUUCCAUUACCAUGUUGAGCUCAAUGAAAGAAUGCGGAUUCCCAAUUGCAGAUGACAUGAUUAAAGAUAUUAAAAAAUCCCUUUCGAUCAUUUCCACUAAACAACCCAAACGGGGAUUGAUAUACAACAAUGCCAGCUCAGUGGGUUUUUUGGGAAGAACGAGCUCGUGGUCCCCAGCUACAUGGGGUCGUAAUACGCUUGCGCACACGAAGAGUGAUGAUAGUGAGAAUAGCAGCGGCUAUUUAUCGAGUGUUUUUAAGUCGGCUAAGAAAAGAGCCAACAGUUUUAAGUUGCCACAAAUGGAAACUAAUGAAGCGAGUGUAUCGGAGAAUGAGAAGCUUACGGAUGAAGAUUUGCCGUUGUCUAGUGAAAUUGGGAGGGAGCUUCUAGAAGAUUCGAGACUUAGUAAAAGUUUGUCUGAUAGAAACUUUAUCUCGUUGUACGAGAAUUUUGACGAGUUCAAAGCUGAUCGAGAAGCAAAACUGGAGGAAUGGUUGGAUGGGGCUGGUAAAUAGUUUUUUUUUUUUUUUUUUUUUUGUCAUAAGUUGCGAUUGUUGGUUUUCGAGUGAUAUCUUAAAACCUUUGUAUUAUUAUCAUGGAGAAUUUUUUUUGAAAAGAAUGUGUUCAUGCUACUAAAA